AUGUCCCUCGCGGUAGCUCACGCCGCUGGGGCCUCCCCUUGCACCUCCGCGUUCUCCGCCGCCCGCACCCGGCCCUCAGCGCCACUCUCCUCCGCGCACCAACACACGUCGCGCCUCGCCGCCCUCCGCGUGACCCCCGCAUUCUCGUCCUCCCCUUCGCGCGCCUCCCCCCAGAUGUCCGCCUCCAACCCGCCCUCCGCGGCAGGCGGGGGAGCGGCGGCGCCGGCGGAGGGGAAGGAGCAGAAGCUGUGGGGGGGACGGUUCGAGGAGGCGGUGACGCCGGCCGUGGAGCGGUUCGGGCAGUCGGUGUCGUACGACCAGAAGCUGUACCGCUUCGACAUCCAGGGCAGCAAGGCGCACGCCGCCAUGCUCGCGCAGCAGGGGCUGAUGACGGCGGCGGAGCGCGACGCGAUUGUGGGCGGGCUGGAGGAGAUCGAGCGGCGCAUCGAGGCGGGGUUGUUCGAGUGGCGCGCGGACCGCGAGGACGUGCACAUGAACAUCGAGGCGGCGCUCACGGACCUCGUGGGCGAGCCGGCCAAGAAGCUGCACACGGCGCGCAGCCGCAACGACCAGGUCUGCACGGACGUGCGCCUCUGGUGCCGCGACGCCAUCGCGCAGCUGCUCGACCGCAUCGCGCGCCUGCAGGCGGCGCUGGUGCGGCUGGCGGACGGCAACGCGGGGCUGGUGGUGCCCGGCUACACCCACCUGCAGCGCGCGCAGCCGCUGCUCCUCGCGCACGUGCUGCUCGCCUACGUCGAAAUGCUGGAGAGGGACGCGGGGCGCCUGAGGGACUGCGGGGAGCGCCUCAACUUCUCGCCGCUGGGGAGCUGCGCGCUGGCGGGCACGGGGCUGCCCAUCGACCGCCACCUCACCGCCUCCGCGCUCGGCUUCUCCGCGCCUCUUCGCAACAGUGUGGACGCGGUGUCGGAUCGCGACUUCCUGAUCGAGCUGCUGGCGGCCAACAGCAUCAUCGCCGUGCACCUCUCACGCCUGGCGGAGGAGUGGGUGCUCUGGGCGUCCGAGGAGUUUGGCUUCCUCACCCCGUCGGACCGAGUGUCGACGGGCAGCAGCAUCAUGCCGCAGAAGAAGAACCCCGACCCCAUGGAGCUCGUCAGGGGCAAGGCGGCACGUGUGAUCGGCGACCUGACGACGGUGCUGGUGCUGUGCAAGGGGCUGCCGCUGGCGUACAACCGCGACCUGCAGGAGGACAAGGAGCCGCUCUUCGACAGCACCGAGACCGUGCUCGCCUCGCUCGAGGUCACGGCCGAGUUUGCUGCCAACGUGACGUUCAACCGCCCGCGCAUCGAGCAGUCGCUGCCUGCCGGCCACCUUGAUGCCACCACGCUGGCGGACUACCUCGUGUACAAGGGCAUGCCGUUCCGCACGUCGCACGACGUGGUGGGGCGGGCGGUGGCCAUAGCGGUGGCGCGCGGAGUGGAGCUGAGUGCGCUGACGCUGGAGGAGCUGCGGGCCAUCAACCCCAUCUUUGAGGGCGACGUGUACUCGUUCCUGGGCGUGCACAACUCCAUCACCAAGUUCACCUCCUUCGGCUCCACCGGCGCUGCCCGUGUGGACGAGCAGCUCAAGUUCUGGCGCGAUAAGCUGCAGCUGUGA